AAUAUCGGCAUGCAUGGUAUGCAGCAUGUGCGUGUGUUGCUGCGGUAGAAUGCUUGUGCUUACUUCGAUUGACGAAUACAGAAUAGUGGACUAUCUGACUGUGCAAGAGAGGGAUAUCAGUAUUGUCUGAAUUGCUUUGAAUUUGAUUGGAGCAACGCUUAAUUGGUCAAAAUGGGAGACAAAAAAGCUGUGAUUAAAAAUGCAGAUAUGUGUGAAGAAAUGCAGAAUGAUGCCAUUGAGUGUACAACUCAGGCGAUUGAAAAAUUUAACAUUGAAAAAGACAUAGCUGCAUUUAUAAAGAAGGAAUUCGACAAGAAAUACAAUCCCACGUGGCAUUGCAUUGUUGGUAGAAAUUUUGGAAGUUAUGUCACACAUGAAACUAAACAUUUCAUAUAUUUUUAUUUGGGUCAGGUAGCCAUCCUUCUUUUCAAAUCUGGAUAGUUUCAUCUAUGCUUUAUUCGUAUGCUUGCCAUUUAUAGCAUGUUUGCAUAUUUCUGUGCAAUUUAUAUCACCAUUGUCCUGAUAUCCAUCCUGGGAAAUAUAAGGAUUUCUGUGGCUGGUACAUUUUCUACAGUCUACACACUUAAUUUUUUUUUCGCCUUUUUAUCUAGGUUCAUCAAAUGCAGUUCCUAAAUGUUAUCAUGUACACAAUCAUUUUGACUUAAUUUUUUCUUCUUGCAUCAUAAUUAUGUUAUCAUGUUGUUGUGAAAGUGUUGGCAUGGUGCUACCAUAUUUGGACCAUGUACCAAAUACAAUAAAAGGUUUAUUUCAUCAUGGA